AAACGAAAGGUCUAAGAAUUCCAAAUAUUUCACGACUCUCAUAUUCAUUUAACGCAUUUAGCCGCCAACCCAGCAAAAGCCACUGCUGCCACAACCAGAUGGCUGUUGUCGGCGUCCUUGCUCUUCAGGGUUCUUUCAACGAACACAUUGCAGCCCUUAAAAGAUUGGGAGUGAAAGGAGUAGAGAUAAGGAAGCCAGAACAGCUUGAUAAUGUCACUUCUCUUAUAAUUCCUGGUGGUGAAAGCACCACUAUGGCUAAACUCGCCGAGUAUCAUAACUUGUUCCCUGCUUUGCGUGAGUUUGUGCAGACAGGAAAGCCUGUAUGGGGAACAUGUGCAGGUCUCAUAUUCUUGGCAGACAAGGCCGUGGGGCAAAAGACAGGAGGUCAAGAAUUAGUUGGUGGCCUAGAUUGCACAGUUCACAGGAAUUACUUUGGCAGUCAGAUUCAAAGCUUUGAGACGGAGCUAUCAGUUCCAGAACUUGUAUCUAAAGAAGGUGGUCCUGAAACAUUCCGUGGAGUUUUUAUUCGCGCUCCUGCUGUAGUUGAAGUUGGACCUGGAGUUGAAGUGCUGGCUGAGUAUCCAGUACCAUCUACCAAUGUUCUGUAUUCAAGUUCUGCUGUUCAAAUCCAAGAGGAAAAUGCUGUGCCCGAAAAGAGAGUCAUCGUAGCGGUGAAGCAGGGGAAUAUGCUCGGAACUGCUUUUCAUCCUGAACUGACAGCAGAUACUCGAUGGCACAGUUUCUUCCUGAAGAUGGGAGGUGAUGCUCGAGAAGAGGCCUCAACUAGCAUCGUCCCAGUUGGAGGAGUAGAUGAAAGUGUCGAUGAAAAACAAAGGAUUGAUCUUCCUAUCUAUCAAUAAUGGCAGUCUGAUAGUGAUCGGCAUCUUUAUCACCUUAAUUAUAUUUUUUUUGGCCCCUUUUGAAGAUUCAGAAGAAAAUGAUAUUCCUUUCCCGGACAAUUAGCUGCCACCUUGAUAUCAAAUGCUUAACGGAGGCCAGUUUAUUCUCUUAGGUUGGCAUUUUCGAUUCAUAAAUCAAAUACAUGUUCAUGUGUCUCAACUUUGUACAUAAUGCUCAAAGGAAACAAGCUUUUCAAUUUUUAGAAAUAUGUGUUCAAACACUUUGAAGUUGAAACUCAGCGUUUAUGCAUAUUGGCAACAAACACAGAUAUGCAUGUUUUCAUCUAUCAAGUUCUGUUUCUCCAA